UUCCACGUGGUGCAUCGGGAGUCCAUUGGGGAAAACUAAGACGUCGGUGAGGCAGCAGCAGUGCGUAACCCCGCCAGCUAAACUUAGCACCACUCCUGAUCGCGCCUGAUGAAGCUGUACCUGCUCCUCGCAACGGCCGCUGGCGCCGUGAGUGCGACGCCCGCCCAUACUUUCGACCCCGCGACAAGCACCGAGUGGCGCCCAAGCGUCGGUCAAGCGCCGGGCCUCAAGGUGCCCAUCGCGGACCAGCAGCGACUGCUGCAAUCGGCCAUCAAUCAGUUUUACGGCAACGGCUCGACCCCAUCGAAUGGAAGUCUGUCUGAUGUCGAGGUCGCGUCCAAGACGGGGCUUGCCCGGGCGCAGUUCCUCAUGGGCAUUGCGCACUCCACGGGUCUCUGGGGUGUCGACCGCCAUGACGCAAAGGCAGCGGUUGAGCUCUACUUUGCUGCGACCGGCGGCGACAUCGCCGCCUCCAUGGCGAUGGGCUACAAGCACAUGGUCGGUGCUGGUGUGCCGAAGAACUGCGAGACGGCGCUGCGAUACUACGAAGUCGCGGCAAACCGUGCUGUUGAACUGCGCGAGCACGAAGACUCGCUGAGUCCUGUUCUUCACGACCAGCGCCACAAGCGCCUAAAGACCGUGGCAGAAAGCAAUCAGAAGCGCAGCGCUCCAGGAGACGAAGACGUCGUUGAGUAUUACCGGUUCUCGUCUGAGAAAGGUGACGCUGAAGCGACACUCAAUCUUGCUUUGCUCUACUACUAUGGCGCGCGGGGUGUGGCGCAAGACGUGCGCAAGGCGGCAGUCUACUUUCACCGGGCCCACGAAUUUGGUGCGACGUCGUCGGCAGCCAAUCUUGGCCACAUGUACGCCAACGGGAUUGGCGUCGCCGUCGACAUGAAACGGGCCUUUGAUUACUUUCAAGAAUCGUCCCACGAAGGCAAUGCGGCGGCCCAGAAUGGACUUGCGACCAUGUAUCUUCGGGGGCAAGGCGUUGUUCAAAACAAGAGCAAGGCUAUCAUGCUCUUCCGGACGGCGGCCAAGCAAGGCAACGCGGAUGCCUUCUACAACCUCGGCGUGCUCAGUCUUCAGGGCGAGCUCCAAGCCGACGGGUCACCAGAGUAUGAGACUGCGUUUGGGUACUUCCACGUCGCGGCACAGCAUGGCCACACGCUUGGCAUGCACAAAGUGGCACACAUGACGACGCAUGGCAUUGGCACGACGCGAUCGUGCAAGUCCGCUCUCGACUAUAUGAAGCUCGUGGCCGAGCGCGGUGCGUGGGACCACGAGCUCCGCAGCGCGUACCGUGCGUACGUGGCGGGCGACUACACCCAGGCAUUCCGCAAAUACGUUGUCAUGGCCGAGCAAGGCUACGAGGUCGCGCAGCACAACGCAGCAUACCUUCUGGAACACCAGCUCGGCAUGUCACCCGCUGUGGCGUUGGGUGACCAGACGAUCCGCAUGUACAAGGCGGCGGCGGGCCAGGGAAACGUCGACGCGAACUUGAAGCUCGGAGACUUUUACUACUAUGGAUACGGCACAACGGCGCCAAACUUUGUGCGCGCAAUGGCUCACUACGCGAUGGCCGCGAACCGAAACGCGCAAGCGAGCUUUAACCUCGGGUACAUGUACGAGCACGGAAUUGGGUCGAGCCAGGACUUUUGCUCGCAAAGCGCUACUACGACCUCGCCAAAGAGAUCCACAGCGACGCGUAUGUGCCGGUCACGCUUGCGCUCUACAAGAUGUCGUGGCACGAGGCGCUUCUGCCCUACGGAGACAUGGAGCACGACGAGCUCGUCGAGACGUUGGCGACGCAGCUCACGGAAAUGCUGGCUGUGGACUGGAGUGCAAUGGGUGCGACCGUGCUCGAGUCGAUCGUGUCCGUACUGAGGUUUCUCUCCGGCCUGGAUAUGGUGCUCUUGCUCUUGCACGCAGAUGUCGUGCCGGCGACGGACACGAUCGUCAUCCUCGCGCUUCUCGCCGCUCUUGGCGUCGUUUGGACGAUUCGCCACCGGCGGCGGCUGGCGCGUUUGGCCGCCAACGCGUAAAGCGCCCCAACGACGUACUAGCGAUUAUGACUAACUUCACGUGCGUGUUCACC